CAAGUACCUGUUCAAGAAGUUAGUUCUGAUUUUCAAAAUGGUCUUAAUAUAGUUUUCUUUUUUUUUUUUAAUUUUUUAAAUUUUUUCCUUCAAAACAAAUCAAAUAAUCAACUUUUGGACCAUCUUCUUGUAAAUAAGUGAAAGAAUGAAUGGGACAAAGAAGAAAAAGAAGAAGCCAUUAAAGGAGAAGAAAGUGUUGCUCUCCAUUGUCGAUCCCUGGGAUGUCAAAGUGGCCAGUGUCGAUCCAAUUCGUCUGCAUGAACGACGAGGUAUUUCCUUAUCCGAUAUACCAACAUCUACGAAUACCGGAAGUCAAGUUUGGCCCUCAUCCAAUAGUCCUAUCAAGAUACCAUCACCUUGGUACAAACCAGGAAGCAGUUCUUUUUGUUACAGUGAUGCCAGAAAACCAUUUGAAUCACAUUCAGCAUGCGAUUUGAAAAGUAUUCCAAGAGUAAUCGUUGGACUGAAUACGGGAGCAUUCUCUUCGGAUGGAACUUUUAAGCCGAAUAAAUCAAUAAAGGAUAAUAAAAAUACAAAAGUUGAAAGUAAUUUUCCAAUCGGAUUUGAAGAGUUUAUAAAUGUUAAUAAUAACAAUUCACCUACUGAUACAUCACGAGUACGCUUUGCAAACGGCAGAGAAACAAGUUCGAAAUUAAUAAAUCCAACGGCACCUAAGCUCAAUGAUAUUAGUGUAGGUCAUCAAGAAAAUUUUGCCAAUUUUAAACCUCAUUUUCCUCAUAAUAUAACAAUUACCGUUGAGGAUUAUUGUGAUAAUGAAAAUUCUAACAAUACAAAAAACAAUGAACUAAAACCAGAAAUCAAAAGCAAUCGACUGAGAUCUAUUGUUCAAGAAUUGGUGGAAUCAAGAUACACACCAUCAUCACCACAUUAUAAACGUUCGAGAAGACUUCUGUCGUCUCAAACUCCAUUCAAAAUUGAUCAAACAGACGAAAACGUUCCAUUAACUCCAUUCAACGAAAUUGAAAUAAUUCCAUUGAAUUCAAGAACAGAAGAAAAAAGUGAAAAUUCUUCAAAUUCACCAUCCACAACGGAAAUUAUAGGUCUCGGAUCAAAAAUUCGGAAAACUAGUAUAUCUAUGCCAAGUAAAUUAGAUGACAUGGAUGAUCUCCGAAUUAAUGAUCAGAAGGGAGUUCCUUCUAAAUUUUCGAGACCAGAAAGUGAUAGCAGUACAACUUUUAGUAACAGUGGAUCAACACCAAACGGAAGUGAAUUGUGUUCAGAAACUGAAGAUGAAGAAAAUGAUGAAAAAUUUUCAAAAAUUCCCGUGCAACCUCCCCCCAGACGAAAAUCAACGUCACCAGCGUCAAAUCAGAAAUUAGAAAAUGAUAAUUUAAAUCCUCCUGGAGCACCAAGUCCUCAUUCUACAAUAACUAGUGUAAAUAGUAUUCAAAGUUUGUUAAAGGAGAAAUUUCAGUUGUCGUUGCCUCAAGCACUGAGAAACAAUAAACAACGGCAAAAUGCGGACUACAGACUCCGAGCAUUUGUUGGUAUGCUCUUUCUUUGCAUUGUUUUUCUUGUUGGAUUUGCAUACGCCUACUAUAACACACAUGUUCUUCAAAGGGCCUAUUUCGAUAGAUUCAGGUUCAACAACAAUGAAAGAUUGAUGCACAUUUACAAUCGAGCUGGAUCAGAAAUCAUAGCAGCCCGACUAGGUCUAGGAAUUUCGUCAGAAAGUGGAGUAUUCGAAUGUUUACCCCAGCAUCAGAAACGAAAAUCCGUAUGUCUCGAGUGGUUGGAUCAAACUCGACUCUAUUUAUCUCAUGGUGAGCGCGAUUCAAUGGAUUGUUACAAAUUCAUUUGGCAAAGUCUCAGUCCUUCAUUCAACCCCAAGGAUUGCUUUGACUGGUCACACAAUCGUGGACAUUGGUAUGGAGGUGGACAAAUUCAAAAUAUGGCGUAUCCACUCGAACAAGGAAAACUUGAGUUGAGUCCCUUCAUAACUGGUGACAUUCAAAAACAUCCUUUUGGUAAUGUUCUCAAACGAUAUUUUCUCAAUUCAAAAGGUGCCACAAUUCUUGUCGAUCCAGACACACCACUCUAUGUCUCGAUCAAUGCCAAUCGAACCAAAGAAUUUUGCCUUCAAGCCAAAUACGAUAAUUUCGCUUACAUUAAUCAUCCCACUCCACUACCGUCCUUAAGCUAUUCGAUAUGCGCCACUGAUAAUAUGAAAAAUCUUCAUUCAACAAUGGCGGAAAAAACUCUCUGGGAUGGUUUAACGCCCGAUGAAUUACAUGCCGUUCAUGCACUUCUCACUGAACCAGUUUGGCAAAUAUCACCCACGAAUGAAGCUGCAAUUUACAAUUACACUGAGGAUGUGAUUCUCCUUGGUUUUCUACGACAAGGACACGUUUUACUCAGUGAAGAAUGGCAAACGCAUCCUGGUGAUUUUGUUCUUGAUGAGACUCGAUUUCCCUCAAUGGAGGAGACAAUCAAUAUAAUGCAUCGAAGAGGCUUUCGUAUUGUCUUCUCAAUACAACCGUUCAUCUCCACAGAGUCACAAAAUUUUCAGGAUGCUGUAACAAAUCGUCUUUUGAUUUCCGAGAGAGGCAGUGAUCCCAGAAUACCAGCAUUGACAAGAUACAAAAAUAUUAGCAGCGCUGGUGUUCUUGACAUUACCAACAAUAAAACUCUUCCUUGGCUAAUGAGUAAACUUGAGAAUCUCAUUUCUAAAUAUCAUGUGGAUUCCUUUUAUUUAGAUAUGGGAACUGCUCAUGAUAUGCCCCAAUAUUACAAAUGUGAAUAUCCCUUGACAAAUCCUGAUCACUACAAAACAAUAUUCAGCAAAGCAAUUUUAAAUUCAGUGCCGGUAAUUGGUGUCUCAGGGGCAAUUUCCAGACCCAGAGCUCCAGUUUUUGUUUCCUUGCCACCAUUUCCAUCGUCUUGGAAGGCAAUAAAAACGGUUAUUCCAACAAUUUUAAGUUACGGAAUGAUUGGCUAUCCUUUCAUCAUGCCUGGAGCUGUCGGUGGUGAUGUUGCUCUACCAAUGUCCGACAAUAAUCCUGAUAAUGAUUUUGAAGUCAGUUUACCAGAUAAAGAACUUUAUGUCAGAUGGCUGCAAUUAUCAACCUUUUUGCCCGUGAUUAGAUUUACCCAUUUGCCAAGUAAAUAUGCGGAUUCUGAGGUUCUCGAUAUGGCACGUCAACUGACAAUUCUACGUCAAAAGACUGUUACGCCGCUGCUGAAAAAAUAUGCAAAUAAUACUUUAGACACUGGUCUACCAAUAAUAAGACCAUUGUGGAUGCUGGAUCCAACUGAUCCGGCUUGUCACGUUGUCGUUGAUGAAUUCUCAGUUGGCGAAGAAUUGAUAGUUGCUCCUAUUUUGUACUCGGGAAGUCGACAGAGAGAAGUCUAUUUACCAGCUGGUGUUUGGAGAGAUGGUAUUGAUGGAAGUCUCAGAAAGGGUUCCAGAUGGAUACACAAUUAUAAAGUGAGAGACGUUCAGAUUGCCUAUUUUGUCAAAAUGCCCGACAAUACCAGAUUUUGAUUCCGUAUCUAAGAGAAUUAAUUACGUUCUAGAUGAUCUCAUUUCUAGAAACGGGGUUUAAUUCUAAAUUUCUAUUCAAUGAAAACUCCAGUUCAGGAAUAGGAGUUCUAAAAAAAAGUUCAAUUAUUUACAAAUGGAAUUCCUAAAAGAGGAAUAUAAUUCUUGAAUAAGAGUGCCAUUUUAAAAGUGUAAUUUAAAAAAAAAGAGAGUACAAUUUUAAUAGAGGUGUGUAAUUUUACGAGAUAAAUUUACAAAACAAAUUCCAAUUUUAAAAUAAUGUUUUGAAAGAAAAUUUUAGUUUUUUUAAAAAAAGAGAUAUAAUCUCUAAGAGAAGAAGAAUCUUCUAAGAGAAAAUUUUAAUCUUUAAAUUAUUAUUAUUUAUUUCUUUAAAAAAUAAAUUACAUUCUUUUGAAACACAGGCCGACAAAAUUUUGGCCUACUUUCGAACCAAGAACCAGACUAUAUUUUUCCAAAUCUUUUUGACGUGCUGAAUCUGAAUAUGACCUCAGAAUUGAACCAGCACGUCAGGUUUUCGAAAUAUUGUAACCUAAAAGUGCAAAAAAAAGACGUUUUUUUACCAUAUUUGAGGUUAUGUAACAUCAAGAGAUAAUGUUUUAAUCACCCUUUAAAAUGCAUUUUGAAACUUUAAACAAUCUUUAUUCGGCUUAUUUGAGUUAUCGACAUUUGAAUUUUUGAAGUAUUACACAGGCCAACAAAAUUUGAUUCAAUUUACUUUCAAAGAAUCAGGUAAACACUUUUCCGAAGGUUUGAAUUGACCUCAGAAUUGACCAUGCACGUCAGAUUUUUGAGUUAUUUUAACCUUAAAGUGCAAAAAAAACCCGUUUUUUAACUACAUUUGUGGACAUGCAACAUCAAGAGACUAUUUUUUUUUCCAAAAGGUCAAUAUUGCAUCUGAAAGUGCUAUUCUUCCCCUUUAAAACCUAUUUUGAAAAUUUUAAAAAUCUUUAUCUGCCACUGAGUAAUCGUUCAUUUAAUUUUUUGAGUAUGGCAAAUUCUUCGAAAUUUAAAAAAAUCGUCCGCCAUAUUAAAUCCACUAUUCUGAAUUUUGAAAAUCUGCCAUCGAAUUCGUGUUCAGCGAGACCAAAAACCCUCGAGUAACAAAUUACAAGCAAAUGCAACCGAUUUUUAAAAAAUCGUCAUAUUGUAUCUGCCAUUUUGAAUUUUAAAAAUUUGACAUCGAAUUCGUGUUCAGUUAUACCGAAAAUCUGCUGAACUAUUUGAAAUUUAGAUGUUUGUUAUUUCUGUAUUAUCAAAAUUUUAUCUGUUCCUAUUCAAUUUUGGAAUAUCGAAGAAUUCGCCAUACUCAGAAAAUUGAAUGAACUCAGAGAAAAAUGAAGAUUUUUAAAUUUUCAAAAUAUGUUUUAAAGAGGAAGAAUAGCACUUUCAGAUACAAUAUACACCUUUUGGAAAAAAAUUGUCUCUUGAUGUUGCAUGUCCUCAAAUGCAGUUAAAAAAAGGGAUUUUUUUGCACAUUAUAAGGUUAGAAUAUCUCGAAAACUUGACGUGCAGGGUCAAUUCGGAGGCUGGAUUCGGAUUCAUUGCACGUCGAAAACCUUCGAAAAAGUAUUGUCAGAUUCUUGGAAAGUAAAUCUUGUCGGCCUGUGUUAUCUGAUACUACUCAUUGUCAGUUUACGGAUAUUGAAACAUUUACCAAACUCGAAAAAAUCAAAUGACGACACUAACUCAGAGCCAAAUAAAGAUUUUUUAAAGUUUCAAAAUGUAUUUUAAAGAGUACGAAUAGUACUUUUUCUUUAAAAAAAAAAUUAUCUCUUGAUGUUACAUGCUCUCAAGUUAGAAUAUCUCAAAAACCUUACGUGGUCAAUUCUUAGGUCAGAUUUGGAUUCAGCACGUCAAAAUGCUUCGAAAAAGUAUAGUCUGGUUCUUGGACAAAAUUUUCUUGGCCUGUGUAAUUAGUUAAUAAAAAAAUCUUAUCGAAAGAUAAUAAUUCGAGAAGAAGUGGUAAAAAAAAACCAACUUGAAAUUAAUUUCUAAUGUCAUAUAAGAAGACGAGACACAAAAAUAUUUUGUGAUCUCGAUUCUAACCAAGUGAGAACCUUAUAGUGUGAUAUUUACAUUUUAGUGCAUUUAUUCAUUACAUUAAUAUUAAAAGCAUUAUUUUCAUUUGUAAUUAUAAGUAACCAUAAGGAGAUUAUGGAAAUAAAAAUUUAUGAAUAUAUUAUAA